AUGCAGCUUCCCGCCCUCAUCUCGUCUUUCUCCCUCCUAGGGGCCGCCUUGGCGGUUUCAGAGCACACCCAGCCCUUGGAAGAUAGGGCUGUGACCGCGACUGUCGUCCUUGAUACGGCCACUGUUGUGGGAAAUGUGAUCAACAAGGUCGAAUCCUUCGGCGGCAUUCCGUACGCGAAGCCGCCCACCGGCCAGCUCCGGCUGAAACCCCCCGUGCGACUGACGGACAACAUCGGCACUUUCGACGCCACCGGCCCGGCCGGCGCUUGCCCUCAGAUGGUCUCGUCUUCCCAAAGUGAGAACAUCCUCUUCGACAUCCUGGGAGAUAUCGCAAACCUUCCCUUCAUUCAGAAGGCAACCGGACAGAGCGAGGACUGCCUUACCAUUACGGUGGCUCGUCCUGAGGGCACCAAGGCUGAUGCGAAGCUGCCUGUGCUCUACUGGAUCUUUGGAGGUGGCUUCGAGCUCGGAUGGUCCUCCAUGUACGAUGGCUCUGGUCUCGUCCAGCAAAGCGUCGACCUCGGCAAGCCCUUCGUCUUCGUCGCCGUCAACUACCGUGUCGCCGGCUUCGGCUUCAUGCCGGGCAAGGAGAUCCUCGCCGACGGCUCCGCCAACUUGGGUCUUCUUGACCAGCGCAUGGGUCUCGAGUGGGUUGCCGACAACAUCGCGGCUUUCGGCGGCGACCCUGACAAGGUCACGAUCUGGGGCGAGUCUGCCGGAGCCAUCUCCGUCUUUGACCAGAUGGCCCUUUACGGCGGCGACAAUAAGUACAAGGGAAAGGCCCUGUUCCGCGGCGCCAUCAUGAACUCCGGCAGCAUCACGCCCACCGACCCCGUUGACUGCCCCAAGGGUCAGGCCGUCUACGACAAGGUCGUCGCCGAGGCCGGGUGCGCCGGCAAGGCCGACACGCUCAACUGCCUGCGCGAGGUCCCGUACACCACCUUCCUCAACGCCGUCACCUCCGUCCCCGGCAUCCUCUCGUACAACUCCCUCGCGUUGUCCUACCUGCCCCGCCCCGACGGCACGGCACUCCCCGCGAGCCCCGACGCCCUCGCCAAGGAGGGCAGAUACGCCGCCGUUCCCAUGAUCAUCGGCGACCAGGAGGACGAGGGCACCCUCUUCGGAAUCUUCCAGCCGAACCUCACCAGCACGGAGAAGUUCGUCAGCUACCUCAAGGACUACUACUUUGCGACAGCCACCGAGGGCCAGAUCGCCGAAUACGUCGGCACCUACGGCGACGGCCUGGUCACCAUCACCGGCGGCGCGCCGCACCGCACGGGCCUGCUGAACGAGAUCUUCCCCGGCUUCAAGCUCCGCUCCGCCGUCCUCGGCGACCUCGUCUUCACCCUGACGCGCCGCGUCUUCCUCAACCUCGCCGUCUCCAUCAACCCCAGCGUGCCCUCGUGGUCGUACCUCGCGUCCUACAACUACGGCACCCCGAUCCUGGGCACCUUCCACGGCUCGGACCUGCUGCAGGUGUUCUACGGCAUCAAGGACAACUACGCCGCCCGCAGCAUCCGCACCUACUACACCAACUUCGUCUCCGACCUGGACCCCAACUCCGGGUCCAGCGGACAGUACCCCAACUGGCCCCAGUGGAGCCAGGGACAGAACCUGGUGCAGUUCUUCGCGGACAAGGCCGGUAUUCUCAAGGACGACUUCAGGAAGGCGAGCUCCGACUGGAUUCUGAACAAUGCCGGAAGCUUGUACUUCUAA